GAUGAAAUCAGAAGAAAUGAUAUUUUUGCUAUUUCUAUUUAUGAAGUUCGUUUUCUUAAAUGGGCUAACUACAGUUCCAGCGAAAAGGACUACAGCGACAGCAGCCAUAAACAAAUGUGAACGUGUGGAUAUAUCAGGUUUACUGAACGGGUUAGGAGAUAUACAAUACACAUUGACGGAUUUUACGAAUCACGUUUCUAAUCUUAAAGAAGUGCCUGCUAUUUCAACCAAAUUAAAUGAAAUGCUUACCGCUGUUGAUAACAAAACAUUUCAAUGUGUUAAUGAUAGUAUCUUGUUAGAAUCACAGUUAAAUACAAGCGUAAAAAUUGAUAAAUCGUUAGAAAUGAUUAAUGGCAGUGCGAUGUGUGCAUGUGCAAAUAGAGAUAAGUUACAGAAAGAUAAUAGAGAAAUAUAAGCUAAGCUAGAACAGUUGGGGACAAUUUCAAAUACAAUUAAUGAAGUCGUUCAGAUAUGUGAAAAAGGGACAAAUGAAAUAAAAGACACACUGGAUAUUGUUAUCAACAAAAUUUCUAGACACGACAACAACAUCGAGUCUCCUCAGGACCUUCAAGUAAUGAAGACAAUGCUGGAAAAAAUUACACAACAAGUGACUACCUUUGACGAUUCAAAAUGCAGAUGCGCAGAUCAAUUCAAAGUUCUGUAUGACAAAGGUUGCAAAGGCGUUGAUGAAGUUCUCGAAAAGCUUAACAAAACUGGACAACAGGAUAAUCAAUGUAAAAAUGAAACAACACAGGAAAUUCUAAUUGAAAUGAACAAACAGCUAGAUACUAUCAUCAAAACAGUUAGUAAUGGAGGAACACAAGAUUGCGGUUGCCUAGAAAAAGCUCAAUUUGAAGAAGAAAUGCCUCAAUAUUGUGGUGAUAGAGGGAAAAAAAAAACAAAAAGAAAUAAAAAAGAUAAGAACGACAAGAAAGACAAGAAAAAGAAAAAAGAGAAAGAAAGACCCUACGAAAUAUCGGAUGAGGGUUUAGAACAGCUACUAUCUGAAUAUGAAGUCUGCAUAAAAGAUGCAACACGUGACCUUGACAGAUGGUUCGACGAUGACAAAUGGAGCAGAAUGCCAAUGAGUGUAAAAUUGAUAAUGGUAUCCCUAUAUUGUAAAGUUAGCUUUAAAGCACUGGAUGACCAGAAAACAAAAGAUUUUAUGAGCAUGAAAUCGGCACUAGAGAAAGGCGAGUGGAAAGAUGCUGCUGAUAGAUUACGACGGACAGACUGGGCUAAACAAUAUCCUGAUGCUGCCAACAGUCUUAUAGAAAGACUGAAAAACAUUAAAGACAAAAUGAGAAAAGACUAG